CCACGACGGCGGCGGCGGCCAUCUUUGAGUCGGCCGUCGCGCACGGAGCCACGCGAAAUUCUGUCUCGUCGACGGGACGGGCGGAGAGAAAGAGAGAGAAAGAGGGAGAAAGAACGAGAGCGAAAGCCGAAAGCGUGCGCGGGCGAGAGAGAGAGAGAGAGAAAGGGAGAACGGUGCACGUCGUUAUAGGCGGCUCGGCGGCUGGUGGGUUUUAUCGCGCGGGCGGACGGACGGUGUGCGGUGUGUGCGCUCUGUGUGGUCGACGAUCGUGUGGGUAGGGACUUGGCGCGACAAGGAGCUAUGUUCAUGGGGCUCGCGUCGCGAACUAGGGACUAGCCUCCGCCUUCACGGGACUCGACGGCGCCGCACGGAGGGAUAGCAGAGCUCGUGUUUUGUACCUCGUCUGCAACUUGGUUUUCGUUGUGGCAUACACUCAGAACUCAAGAAACUGAGAAACAAUGAAUGCCUCAGAACAUGGGUUUAACCCAGCCUUUAACAUGGCCUCCAUAAAGCAGGCUUUCAAUGAGGCUGUAGAAAGAGUCUCAACAGUUAGGAUGCCUGCACCGACACGGUUGAGGGAUCUGAUUAGACAAAUACGAGCCGCACGUACAGCAGCGGAAGAGAGAACAGUCGUGAACAAGGAGUGCGCGUACAUCCGCUCGACGUUCAGAGAGGAAGACAGCGUGUGGAGGUGUCGUAACAUCGCCAAGUUGCUCUACAUUCAUAUGCUGGGGUAUCCGGCGCAUUUCGGCCAAUUGGAAUGUUUGAAGCUCAUUGCCUCGCCGAGAUUCACGGACAAGCGGAUCGGUUACCUGGGGGCGAUGCUGUUACUGGACGAGCGGCAGGACGUGCACCUCCUGAUAACGAAUUGUUUAAAAAAUGAUUUGAACAGUUCCACGCAAUUUGUCAUUGGUCUGGCGUUGUGCACUUUGGGGGCGAUCGCGUCACCGGAAAUGGCGAGGGACCUGGCGUCUGAGGUCGAGAGACUGAUGAAAUCGCCGAACGCGUACAUCCGGAAGAAAGCGGCGCUCUGCGCCUUUCGGAUCAUCAGACGCGUGCCGGAACUGAUGGAGAUGUUCCUGCCGGCCACCCGCAGUUUGAUCACCGAGAAGAAUCACGGGGUCCUUAUCACCGGCGUCACCCUCAUCACGGAGAUGUGCGAAAAUAGCAUCGAUACGUUGAACCACUUCAAAAAGGAAUGCGGCCAUCGUGAGAUCGUGCCAAAUCUCGUAAGAAUCCUGAAGAAUCUAAUCCUAGCGGGUUACUCGCCUGAGCAUGAUGUGUCCGGAGUAUCGGAUCCGUUCCUCCAGGUGAAGAUACUGCGCCUCCUUCGUAUCCUGGGGCGCAACGAUGUCGACGCAUCCGAAGCUAUGAACGAUAUUCUUGCUCAAGUCGCCACCAACACGGAAACCAGCAAAAAUGUCGGUAACACGAUAUUGUACGAGACGGUCCUGUCGAUUAUGGACAUCAAGUCGGAGAGCGGACUCCGAGUAUUGGCGAUCAACAUACUGGGUAGAUUUUUACUGAAUAACGACAAGAAUAUCAGAUACGUGGCAUUGAACACGUUGCUGAAGACGGUUUACGUCGACACGAGCGCGGUGCAGAGGCAUCGAUCGACGAUUCUGGAAUGCUUGAAAGAUCCGGACGUCUCGAUCAGAAGACGCGCGAUGGAACUGAGCUUUGCCCUCGUGAACUCCAAUAACAUCAGAAACAUGAUGAAGGAGUUGCUCCUGUUCUUGGAGCGCGCCGAUCCGGAAUUCAAGGCUCAAUGCAGCAGCAAUAUCGUGAUGUCCGCCGAGAGAUUUGCCCCGAACAAACGUUGGCACCUCGAGACACUGUUUAAAGUGCUCGUCGCGGCUGGUAAUUAUGUGCGAGACGAUGUGGUGGCAUGCACGAUACAGCUAAUCUCGGAGACGCAGCCGCAGCAGGGUUUCGCCGUUGGCGCGUUGUGGCGCGCGUUGGAGAAGGACACGUCCGACAAGCAACCCUUGGCGCAAGUAGCCACGUGGUGCAUCGGCGAAUACGGCGACAUGUUGUUGUACGGUCCGCCGUCGGAGGAUGCUGAAACACCAAUCGACCUGACGGAGGACGAGAUCAUCGACGUGUAUCAGAGAUUACUUUGGAAUCCGCAGAACACCGUGGUUACGAAACAGUACACCUUAUUGUCUCUCACGAAACUGAGCACGAGGUUCCAGAAGGGUCACGAGAAAAUUCGUCAGAUCAUAGAUACGUUUGGUAGCAAUUUGCAUAUCGAGUUACAGCAGAGAGGUAUCGAGUUCUCGCAAUUAUUCCGAAAGUAUGACCAUCUGCGGCCCGCGCUGCUCGAGAGGAUGCCGCCGAUGGAGACCGCGCGGCCGCAGGCUAAUGGUAUCAUAGGUUUGGUGAAUGGCGAGCCGGAACCGGAAGACGAGAAGUCUACGAUACUAGAACCAGUCACGACCACAUCCGAUUCAAGUGCACUUUUAGAUUUACUUGGAACUACGGAUGUGGGAGUGACGAUGCCAGCGACGGCCGCGGCGACGGCCAGUAAACAUUCGUCGCCGAGCUCGGCCGCGGUAACGCACAAUAACGACUUGUUAGACUUGCUUAGCUUGGAUUUGAAUACGCCCACGGUCGCCACUCCCACGCUACCGCUGCAACCGCAGCCAUCAGCCACGCCGAUAUUCAGUCCCACCAGUACCAGCAACUUCUUGGUGGAUGGAUUGCUCAGUACCCCUUCAGCUCAAAAUGAAACGCCGACUAUGGUCAUCCUGGAUAAAGCGGGGCUCAAGAUAACGUUCAAAGUAGAAAGACCGCCCGAUAUCCCCGAUUUGUUAGUCAUAAAUAUGCUGGCUCAAAACUCCGGAAGCACCACUUUGACCGAUUUUCUGUUUCAAGCAGCAGUUCCUAGGACAUUCCAACUACAGAUGUUGCCGCCAUCGAGCACCGUCAUUCCGCCGUCUGGUCAAGUAACUCAAGUGCUGAGAGUCACGAAUAUGAAUAGAACGCAGUUAAGGAUGAGAUUGCGUAUAUCGUAUACGGGCCCAACUGGACCGGUCCUCGAACAAACGGAAGUCAAUAACUUUCCGCUCUCGUCGUCGCAGUGACAAGAUGUAAUAGGAACCAUACAGAAACCAUUUGUACAUAUGCCUGCCUAAAGAAUAAUUAAUCGAGUCUUGAGCAAGGACUGAGAUGAAAAAGAGGGGAAGACAGUUUUCCGUUUCAUCAUCAUCAGGAACGUGCAAUCUGGCAAGACGGAUACAUCCAACACAAAUAUUUCUAUCAGUUAAGCGAUUGAACCCAUGCGUACGCGGCACGGACAAAACAUGACCCAAGUUUUAUAACUUAAUUAUCUGGAUUUGCCAAAGCAAGGACACGCGACCGUCUCGUGUCUACGUCGAGAGUCGCGUAAGACUUCGUUCGACCGUUUUUCUUUGAAAAAGUCAUUUGCGAGUAUUGGAAAAGUAUUCUCUCGGCGCACGCUGUUGCGAUUUUAUUAUUUAUUAAGGCAAAUUUUUCUGUCGCGUGUAACACGAUCUUAACCGGAAUCUGGGUCUUUCGAAACUGAAAUUGCGUUAUUCUUUUCGCGUAGCUUCGUUGCAAGGAGAAGGGAGUGCAGGGAGAAAGAACGUGAAAAAUGCUUUAUUCGCGUAUUGCGCCGCGCUCGUAUGAGAAGAAAGAAAAAAAAAGGAAGAUUUGUAAAUAUUUUUUCUAAUCAAGACACGCGAGGAGAAAUCGAGGAAACACUGUACUCCGAUCUCGGUCGCAGUCCCGCUGUUUUACGGCUACUAAUAUAGCGCGUAAUAUCUGACCUAGGCUAAACGGAGAUUGUAGGAAAAAAAAUGAGUGAGAGGGAAGGCAACAGAUACAUCAGACCGCAUAAACGCGUCACAUUUGAGAGAGGGACGGGACGGGGACCGGUUCCCGUCGAGCUCGAAAGUGACGUCGCUGCCCCAAUGGAAUCAUCGAACGAGAAGGCGUUCACAAUAAUUCUCACUGUAAUAAAUCGAUCUUUUCUACCGUAGACGUUUGUAAGAUACCGCGGAUGAUACUCGCGCGAUCGUCUUGUAAAUAUUAGAUAAUCGCAGUGACACGAGCGGAGGCGAGAAAAAAUUCUUACGAGACGGAGAGAAAAUGGGAAAGAAAAAGAAAAACGAGAACGCGCGAAACGGGAGUCCUCCGUAUGUGUACGCGAUAGAGCUGUCAACGAGCACGAUGAUAUCCACGUUUUCGUCUUCGAGGGAUGAUAUCAGUUUGGGGGGAAGUACACACACACACACACACACACAUACAUAACACGCUACUGAUGCACACCCGUGCUGAUGCCUGUGAUGCACGAGUGUGUUACGUACGUAGCACGAUUACACAAUUUCGAAUUCGUAUUCAGAGUACAGAGUAACAUUGGAGGGCUGAAUUCUGGUUGUCAUGUUGUCUGUCGCGCUUAAUUGUAUUGCACACGUUGAAUCGCAUCCGAUUGUUAUUACGAGAGAUGAUCGGCGAUGCGUUAUCGAGUGAUUGAAACAUCCCUCUCGUCUUCGAAUGAUAUUAAUCCAGGCGAGGCGUCGUCGUCCCGACGACGACGUCGUUUCGCCUCAGUUGCAUAAUUUUAUCGAGUUAGGUUUAAUGGAAAGGAGUAUGGAAAAUUGUAAAAAUGUUGUGGUACAAAACCAAUCGUUAUGAAACUUGACAAAAACUUAGUAUGAGGUAAAAUAUGAAUUUUAGUCGACAAAGCUGCAGUAUUUGUGAGGAGCCAUUCACGAACAAUGUUAUUUUAUUGCCAAAAUUAGAUUAUAUAAGUGGUAAAUGGCACUGCCGCCACACGAUUCACUGGACACAUUUUCUGCUUUUUGACCAGGAUCCACUCAUGUAGCCGGUCGAUUUUAGUUAGAUUUCUUCAUAUUUUACCUCAUACUAAGUUUGUGUCAAGUUUCAUAACGAUUGGUUUUGUACCACAACAUUUUUACAAUUUUCCAUACUCCUUUCGCGUUACACGAUAAUACGAAUGAGCGUAGUUAAUCUUCUUAUGUGGAAAAAUGAAAAUUGCUGUACGGCGAAGAACGGGAAAGCGAAACGAAUUGCAAACGUUUUUUUAAGAUCGACUUCACGUAGCCUAAUCCUGUGUCACCGCGUUUUUACGAAAGUCAGAAUCGCGUAAAGAGAGUCCAAGGAUAAUUAUGUAUACGUUGACAACACACAGUGUACUCUUUGAGUUAUCGUUUGCGUUGAAGGAAGCUUUCGCGAUACGCUAACGUAAAAUUAACAGCGAAGUAACAGAUUUACGUGUAUCCCCGUUAGCUUUUACCGCCCGAUUUCUGAAUCCUAACUUUGUUAUACGCAAUUCGAACUGCUUACUGUCCAAGCCAGCGCUCGGACGUAACGAUACAUGUUUCAAACGGCAAAGAGAGGCGCGUAUACGAGUAUGAAUCGUUCGUUUCUGACGCAACGUUCGUACGGUUUUGCACUUGCUUUCGCUCGAAUCUUUUCACGCGUGUAGUCCACGACGGACGGGCGAGAGAUGUGACGAGAGUUCCAUGAUAGGUGAUGCAGUUUAGGAGAGGCAUAGGGCACGCCGGGAACAAUAGAUUUGGCAAAGCAGCAGGUCGAUCCAGAUGUCUAUUUUCUCUAGACUUUCCUACGAAUUAUUAGGUUUAAAGGGAGAACGGACACGCUGUUGUACUUAAUUAUUUAAUUCGCUCCGACAUGUGAACAGCAUUGUAGCGCGGUAUUAUGUAAGUGUAGAUGUAUGUAUAUACCAUAAAAAGCUCACUCCAGGAGCAGCGUCGUUCCGACACUCUUCUCCUCGAUUCGAGUCGCGUGCAACCCUUGAUUUCUGUCCGGACAUUCUUUGUACAACUUUUCGAUUAGAUUCACAAUUGAUUGGGUGUGCAUAUAUAUAUAUAUGUGUGUGUGUAUAUAUACACUCAAUCAUAUAUACAUAACUGUGCAUUUUAGCUCCGUCCCUUAUAUGUUGUGCGAGAUGCGAACGCGCGCGCGCGCGGGAGAGAGAGAGAGAGAAAGGUGUGGGAGUAUAUAUAAAAAAUAGAACAGGUGGGUGUGCGUUUCUCUGAGUGGCCUUGUCCUUAAAGUCUGUGACACAGCGCGUCAGCCCUUCAGUGGGGGUUUUGCUCUGCCUACUUGUUCUGAAUAUAUUAUAUAUUAGUUUUAUAAACAUACUUAUAUUAUAAAUAUAUAUAUAUUAUAUAUAUAUACAUACACGAGGAUAUUGAUUAAUGAUAAAACUGCUGUAUAUAUACUUUCUAGCGAAUCGAGGUGUGAAAAUAAAAUGUAUUUUUAUUCCAC